CUUAUAAUGUCAAAAUGAAAGUGUCAUUAUCAUAUCCAUAUAUUUCAUUCGGCCCAAAAAUUUAAGUUUGCGCAUAAAUGCUUGUUGAAACAUGUAUUUAUAGAAGUCGAUAAUGUGUAAUGAACUAUAAAGCCAAACAUCUGCGAGACAUCUCUCUAUCCCAUCUAAAGUGUGGUAGACCGAUUAGAAUUCUGGUGUGGAAGAAUGAAGAUUUUUAUGGCGACGGACAGGAAAUUACUUUAAAUCCAUUUUAUCUGAAAACCUGGAAUGCUGUAUUAUGUUAUCUGACUGCUACCAUUGAAGGCAAUUUAGAGGCAAUUAGAAAACUUGUUCAUUUGAAAACUAGAAAAGUAAUACGUUGCUUGGAACAUUUAGAACCGAUGGAAAAGUAUAUUGCUGUAGGUACUAAGCGGUUUAAAACCAGAAAAAAGGCGUAUAGAACACAGGCUGAAAAAAACCAUUGGAAAAUUAAGAAACAACGCCAGCUAUCUGAUGAUUCUUUAGAGACCAACCUAUUUCUUAAAGUUACGAAGAGAAAUCGAAGAACUGUCAUUUAUAUGAUGGUGUCAGGUCGCACUUGCCAACUUCCUGUGAAAGUUGUGUUGACGGUAAUGGACUACUUGAAUUGGAACGUGGUUGUGAAGUAUUUAGAAAAAAUGUUGGAUGUGGUCGAAGGGAUUAAACACAUAACCGAUAUAAAUGGAAACAAAAUUGAAGACCCCCAUCAAUUAAAACAUGGAGGCUACUACAUAGCAGUUCCAUUUGGAGACCGAUUCGUGAGAAGGGACUAUACGCCGAUUUUUGAUGAUUAUACGGGAAAACUGACACAAUACGAUGAAAUCAUUCAAGACGACGCAAUGUUGGGUAAAAAGGGAUCUCUUACAACAAGGAGCGCAUCUCAAAGUUUGAAAAGCAGUUUGGCAAGUUUGCCAACUGGAAGAGGUACAAUGCAGAGUUUGGGAAGUUUGCGAAGUGGAAAAGGUACAAUGCAGAGUUUGGGAAGCUUGCGAAGUGGAAGGGGUACAACGCAAAGUUUCGGAAGUUUGCGAAGUGGGCAAAGUGCGCAGAGUUGCGUUGGUAAAGUAUGUGGUAUUACAUGUGUAUGCCCGAAUUCUUUAUUAGCCCGAAACAAACAAGAUAUUGCUUCAAAGAGUUCCAUUCUACAAGCCGUUGCAUCUUCAGACAAAGGAGCUAGAGAUGUGGAUAUUAGCUCCUUAGUACAGAGCUUGCUCGAAGAUAUGGUUCGUGUUUCUGUGGAUGAGGGUGAAGCUGAAGAAAAAAGAGGUUUCAGAGAAACAGAAUCAAUAUUUAGUAAGAAGAGCGUCUCUUUCCUUCCAGCAAAUUUCCAGACGGGAAGCAGUGAGGCUUCAGAAAUUGCAAUGAAAAGAUCAACAUCAUCAUCUUCAAGUUCUAUUCUGAAUGAAGAUUCAAGGCAGUCAAGGGGGUUAAGAAUGACGAGAGAUAGUAUAUUUCUACCAAGAUUUCAAAGUCUCAAAUUAUCUAAAAGCAUAGAACCAUUCCAGAAUCUGGACAGAGACAGUUUAGAAGAAUUUAUUAUCAGGAAAUCUAAUAGCGAACUACCAACUAUAGAUGAGGACAAUAGUGAUGUCCCGAGCAGCAAAGCUAGCAUUUAUAAAAAUUAUGAGAGAAGAAGUUUCGGAAGCAGACUAGAUAGAGAAGAUAGUUCAGCAAGGCAUGCCAGUUCCAUCUAUGAAACACCACCCAAAAAGAAAAGCGCACCAAUAUUAAAAACAACCUCUCUGGGAGUAAAUCCUUCGGUUCCUGAUUGUUGUGCACAGAAACAAUAUAUACCAGAACCACCCAAAAAAGUAAGCUUACCAAAAUUGCAAGCAAGUUGUUGUGAAGGAAUGAAUCAAAAUAAUCUAGAAGAUAGUUUAGCAAGGCUUGCCAGUUACAUCUAUGAAACACCACCCAAAAAGAUAAGCGUACCAAUAUUAAAAACAAGCUCUGUGGCAAUAAAUCCUUCGGUUCUAGAUUGUUGUGCACAAAAACAAGAUAUACCACAAUUACCCAAAAAAGUAAGCUUACCAAAAUUACAACAAAGCUGUUGCGAAGGAGUUAAUCAAAAUACAACAGAUUUUAGCCCAGUAACGCGCCCCAGCUACAAUGAAUAUCGUAUUAGUGAACCAAAAUUAAAAACAAGCUGUUGUGCAGGAGUAAAUCAAAAUAAAGUAGAAACUAGCUCAGCAACGUAUGCCAGUUACAAUGAAAAUCCUAUCGAUCAAAUAGAUGAUGAAGAUGACAUUGAUUAUUCAUUAAGUGGCUCAGUUACUGCAGGUAUUAUGAAAAAAUCUUCUGCUUGUUGUUCGGGAAAACAUCAAAAUGUAAAAGAAUACAUUCCCAUAAUACCACCACAAGCACGUGCGCCAUGUUGUGAAGAAAAAACAGCAACUGAUACUAGUAAUUAUGUAAGCCCUAUAGUUAAAAACGUAGAAAAAGAUGAGGAGGAUCUUAGUGAAGAGUUGGAAAGCUCGGAAAGUUCAGAAAAAUCAAAUAAUUCCUACGUGAAUAGAGAACGACGCGAUUCAAAUCAAUCUUCUGAGUCCAGUAAAAAGUCGGAAAGUACGAAAUCAAGUACGGAUAAUGCAGAAGAAGAUUUAAAACAAUCUUCGGAAUCCAAUAAAAAGUCAGAAAAUUCGGAAUCGAGAAUAGAUAGUGCAGAAAAAGAUUUAAAACAAUCUUCCGAGUCCAGUAUAUUGUUAGAAAGUAAAAAAUUAAAUAUUGAUAAUGCAGAAAAGGAUUUAAAACGAUCUUCUGAGUCCAGUAAAAAGUCAGAAUCUACGAAAUCAAGUAUAGAUAGCGUAGAAAAAGGCUCAAAGCGGUCAUCUGAGUCCAGUAGAAAGUCAGAAACUUCGAAAUUAAGUAUCGAUAAUGGAGAGAAAGGUUCAAACCGGUCAUCUGAGUCCAGUAGAAAGUCAGAAACUUCGAAAUUAAGUAUUAAUGCAGAGAGAGGUUCAAACCGGUCAUCUGAGUCCAGUAGAAAGUCAAAAACUCCAAAAUUAAGUAUCGAUAAUGCAGAGAAAGGUUCAAACCGGUCAUCUGUGUCCAGUAGAAAGUCAGAAACUCCAAAAUCUAGUAUGGAUAGUGUAGGAAAAGGUUCAACCCGAUCAUCUGAGUCGAGUAAAAAGUCUGAUGAGGCUGGUAUAGAUAAGUCGACUAGUAAUGAUUCUGCUUCUAAAAACAAAUCAAAGCAUAGCCACACUAAUAUAGAUGAUGGAAAUAAGAAUGGUAUUGAAAAUGAGGAUGAUAGAAAACCUAAAAGGUUUUCAAAAAUAUUUUGCGGGGCUGUUGAAGGCGAUGCGGAAACUGACGAUCUGUGUAAAGAGGGUUGCAGUUCAUACGAACAACUAGAAGGGGGAACAUCGAAGACGCCUUGCUGUAGGGAGAACUGUUUAUCAUUUGCGUGUAGCGAGAUUGCGCUUAAGAAUCGCAAGAUGUAAUUUUUGGGCUAAUAAAAAUAUAUCUGUAGAACUCU